AUGGCGCACCGCUCGAGAAGCUCGCGAGACUACCCCGACGGCUCAAGGCACCGCUCGUCGCGCGACCGAGGAUAUACCAGCGAGAAGCCACGCUCCGUCCCUCCCUCCGAUCGCCGUGACAGGCGCGGCUCGUCUCUGCCACAGUACAACCACAAUGGACACAAGGUGACCCCCGGCCUUCACCCCGAGGGCGAGAGUGGCCGCAGGGGUUUCAACCCGAUCAAGUUCCUUGUCAUCAGCGGCAGGAGUAGCAGCACGAUGUCUAUGCUAGUGAACUGCCUAUGGCCCAUUGUACCUGUAGCAAUUGCACUGCACUUUGCGAGGCCCGAAUGGCAUCUAGCGAUCUUCAUUACCAACUACAUUGCCAUGCUUCCUGCAGCCAACUUACUCGGUUUCGCUGGCCAGGAGUUCUCGCGCAAGAUGCCAAACAAGGCCUUUGCUGUCGUUCUCGAGACAACAUUCGGUUCCGUUGUCGAAGUUAUUCUGUUCAUGGUCUUGCUCAAAACCUCCAACGGCGACUCAAACGUGCAGGUUAUCAAGGCUGCUAUAUUGGGGUCUAUCUUGGCCAACCUGCUCCUCUGCCUUGGUACCUGUUUCAUUGCCGGUGGUGUCAAGCAUGACGUCCAAGAGUUCCAUAGUGCUGUCUCUGAGAACGGUAGUGGCUUGAUGCUCGUAGCUGCCACCGCGCUCGUACUUCCCGCUGUCUUCUACGCAUACCUCUUCCAAAACCCCGAUUACGAACAGACUGUUGAUAUCGCCUAUAACACUCGACUGAUAUCCCGCGGUGUCGCCAUCAUCUCCAUCGUUGGCUACCUAGUCUACUUGUAUUACCAGACCGUAUCCCACGAUGGGUUGCUCCAUGAGAUCUACGAGGCAGACGAUCACAAGGACAAGGACCGCCACGAGGAAUUGGCUAAGCCCAAGCUUACCCUGACCGAAGUCAUCGUUGCUCUUCUCGUCUCACUGGCCUGCGUUGCACUCGUCGCUAUCUUCCUCGUCCUCGAAAUCCCGCAUAUAGUAGAGCGAGGAGUUAGUGACUCCUUCGUCGGACUUAUCCUUAUCCCGCUGGUUGAGAAGAUCGCCGAGCACCUCCUCGCCAUUGACGAAGCCUAUGACAAUCAGAUCAACAUGGCCCUUGCCCAUGUUCUCGGUGCCUCUAUCCAGACCGCCCUGUUCAACGCACCCCUUGUGGUACUGGUUGGCUGGGGUAUUGGUGUCGGCAUGGACUACAACUUCGCCAUCUUCGACGCUGUUGCCCUGGUUCUGGCGGUCCUGGCGGUUGGCUCGUUCCUCCGCGACAGAAGCUCGAACUACCUGGAGGGUGUGCUCUGCGUGAUGACGUACGUCAUCAUCGCAGUAUGUGCGUUCUACUUCCCCAACCCUGCACAUCACGGUGCUUCCGGAGGCAGCGCUGAGGGUGGCGCUGAGGCCACCGCCCCUUCCCACGACAACCUCUUCUCCCAGCUCACACAACAAGUCGCCAAAAUGGGUCGCGUCCGAACUAAGACCGUCAAGAAGUCCGCCAAGGUCAUCAUUGAGCGUUACUACCCCAAGUUGUCGCUCGACUUCGAGACCAACAAGAGGAUCUGUGAUGAGAUUGCCAUCAUUGCCUCCAAGAGGCUCCGAAACAAGAUUGCCGGAUACACCACUCACUUGAUGAAGCGUAUCCAGCGUGGUCCCGUCCGUGGUAUUUCCUUCAAGCUCCAAGAAGAGGAGCGUGAGCGAAAGGACCAGUACGUCCCCGAGAUCUCCGCUCUCGACUUCACCCAGAACAGCGAGUCUGGCUCGCUCGACGUCGACCAGGAGACCAAGGACCUGCUCAAGAGCAUGGGCUUCGACAGCAUCCCCACCAACGUCAUCGCCGUCUCCCAACAACAGAUUGUCGAGCGCGGUCCCCGCCGCUUCAACGACCGCCCCGCCCGCUCGUAA